AUGCCCAGAAGCUCCAAGGACGGUGGAGAAAGGAAGAAGACUGUAGAAUAUCACUUCUAUAACCCGCCGAAGAUGAAUUCCCCGCACGUCCAGCAACAACAACCUCAACAACCUCAAUUCAAACUUCCUCCUCUGCCCCCACCCAAAGUGCAAGCUCGGCCAGAAUCCUCGACCAGCAAUGAUUCUGACACGAAAGUCUACUCGUUUCCGCAAGAAAAGAGCAUCUCCAAGCGAAAGAAUAAGAAGUCGCACGAGAAAUUGCCUCCCCCUCAAUCCCGUCCACAGACGCAGGGCCAAGCUGCUGAUGCCCACGAAGACCAACCACGCUCUACGCCGAUGAUCCAGAAAAGCACAGCUUCGGACUUGUCCAAUCAACCGGACUCCGAUGUCUGGGAAGAGAAGUCCACCCGGGAAGCAAUGAACGCGGUCCUCAAUGCACUGGAUAGACAGCGCGGCACUCGACCUGAUCACUCCGCGUUAGCGGCCGCUACAAGCCAGUCAGAUGAAACUGAGAUUAAAGCGGAGGAUUUGGCAGGCCCCCAAACCAAAAGCGAUUGA